AUGGUGACACCCCUACGAAGCAGGCUUGAUGCAGACAUUAUUGGGAUGUGCCAAGUUCUGCGGUCGUGGUUACGGGCUGGGGUGAUUGACGAUCUGGAUGUACUAUUGCUCCCUGUUGCGAACUUGGGUGCAGAGGAUGAGGCAGACCACAUACCGUGGAUGACGAGGUUCGAAGAAACUGGGGCAGACGAUCGGGAGUGGGAAUAG